AUGUCGAAGCAAUUCCAGGUCUUCGAUGUUGGAGGCGACGUUUUCACUUUGUCGGUGACGAUCGCGGACGGGAAAAUCAUCGAUAGUAAGUGGUUUCGCCCUGAGGAGAGCAUUUGGUUGAAGGAGGUGAUCCGUAACAAAAAAAUUGAUGUUGUCACCGGAAUGAACUUGCAGAUUUACUUGCGAACAAUCUACUUAUGAUCGAUUUUCUUUUUCAUCAAUUUCCAUUUCUUGGAAGUUCGCACAAGGAAGUAGAAGUUGUUUUUGCAUUCAUCUUGUUUUCAGUUUGAUUCGUGGACCGCAUGUUGGUGUAGGGCAGAGCCUAGAUCGCAGGUUAAGAGUUGCCGGUCUAUUGCUAGUAUCUAUAAUGGACGAGAUUAUUCCGCUGAUGAAUUUCAUUUUCAUCUUCUAGAAGAAGUGUCGGUAAAUAAUCCUCAUCAUCUAAUUUCCGACCCGGUAACAAUGAGCACGUGCCGUCAGAUCGAGAGUGGACAAAUACCGAUGAACCAGGUAGCGAAGCUGCGACGAGGUGUGCGCUUCGUUAUGUUUUUGCCAGGAUGGCGGACUGACGAAAAUCUUAACACUAGUUGGUGCUUUAUGAAGUUUGCGCACCACAUGGCGCAUUCGGGCUUCAACUGCAUUUUUGUAGAUCUUCCGGGAUACAACAAUUAUGGCUCCUGGAUAGAGAUUGACGUAAGAAAUGGCUACCCUUCAUAGCAUUUUUUACUGACUGAGCGAAGCCAUAAAGACAGUUCGUUGUGAAAAAUAACGAUAUCAGUUUAUUCACAGAAUCAAUGUUCUUUUAGUGAAACCGAACUCAUCAAGAUUCAUGGUAUGCUUUUCUGGUGUAUCUUUCGCGACAAACAACAGUCAGAAGUCAUUCCCUUUCUAAUUCUCAAGCACAGUCGGAUCUCAGAGCCGUUGCGCGCCGGAAAAAUGGAAUAAAUUCGAUGUUGAUAUUGUGCGAGUGAUUUUGGAGACACUGAAGAUUCCCCGAGUCCAGCUUGUUUGUUGGGGUGAUUCAGCCUCGAUCGCACUCAAUUGCAUGAAGCGCAUCCCAAAGAUGUUGGCGAAUCGACACGUUCUGCUUGCUCCGAUUGUAACGGGUAUGCAAGAACCCGAAAUCGCAAAAUUGAUGUUGAGCACAAGCACAACAUUUUUUCUCGCCUACGAUCCGAAAAGCUACGGCGACAAAAGCAGAGAGGUAUACUUUGUUACAGUGUAGUACUAGGGAAAAGCCGAGAAGCAUACUUUCUUACAGUGCACUAGUGAAGAAAACAGGACGAAGUGUCUGUCAGGAGUGUCUCAUUUUCCACCCACGAGGAUUGAACAGGAAGAACUAUUUGAACCAUUUUUUUUGGCGCGAGCUUAGUGGGUUACUUUUUCAUCUCUCAGCGCCGGCACCCGUUCUUCACCUAGAUGCACUGACUAUUUUUCUCAAAAUCACCUCGUAGGUAAUCCUGUUCAAAGUGAAGGACACGCUGGCGAUGUUUCAUGCAAUUGCUGCGAAGAGCAAACUUCUGGCACAUCAAGUGAAUAUCGGACACCUCGCAGCAAAGGACCUUCAGCGAGUUACGCUAUCAGAGUCUCCGGAUCCCGGGUUGGCAUCGGUAAACGCGUUGGUGCCGUCGCGAUAUUUCAUGAUUUACCUCGAAGAGUUUCUGAUCGGAACGAUGGUAGGGGUCUACAACAGCGCAGAUCUCGGGGAGCGCCUAGACAAACUCGAACGCGUGAAGCAACACAUGAAAACACAGCAAGACAAAAUCAAUACGAUGAAGGUAGCGUCCUUUGGCUUUGCAUCGAUAAUUGUUUUUUAUCAGUCUACUUAUGAAAAACGGUCGAAGCUACAUUGACUGUAGUAUUUAUACAUUGUGUGAACAGUAGGACAAAAACAAUCUUGUAGCGAAAAGUGCGGCUGCAUUCUACUACGCUUGCUUAAUAUUCAGGGAAGCAGCGCGAACGAGAUGUCGCAAGCUCAGAUCGAUGUUUUACGCAAGAUGCAACAGCAAGAGCAUCAGCUUGGUGCCGGCGGCCUCGUCCCGACAAUGCGCAAGGAGUCGCAGUUCGAGAAGUACGAACGCUUGCACCGGUGGAAGUUUAAGAAGCAAGUCCCUGAUUACAGUUUUGGUGUGCGCGUGCUCGAGAAAAACCUUGCGAAUGAGACGGAACAAGCCCUGGCAACCAGUUUGGACGAAUACCUAGAUACAUUUGGUGCAGAGGAGGACGAGUUCCUGCAGGCCUGCGACGCGAGUGGGAAGGCUCACGAUAAGGAGAGCAAAGAUGAGCGUUUAAAUGAACUGCGAAGCAGAGCCGAGGUUGAUCCGCUGGAACAGCUAGGACGCUGGCAAAAGGCGGCGGAGCUGAGUUAUCAUCAGUUCCAGAUGGAACAGAGGACGGGUAAUUUAUUGGAGCAUGUCGUCCCAUUCAGAAUCUCCUUUUCGGUCUCGUUACAAGCGUCAGUGGAACCUCCUGACAUCCUUCGGUACGCAGAUAGACACCAGAUGCAGAUGGACAGAUUAUACUAGAUAGGCCACACCCACAGUAAAUAAAUGAAAAAAUGAUUGCAGAAUUAUUAUCUGGGGGCAGGAACAAAACGGAAUUAAGUAUCUUCAUUUUUCAACAGACAACCGCACCUCUUACAUCAGGUGUUGAAGACGUGCAGACUGCUAUGGCAACGAGUCGGAGGGAGGUCGAUCUGACGUCGAUGUUGACGGAGGAGGAGCGGCGCUCACGGCCGAACAAUGCACCUGCCAGUGUCGAUGUGGGAACAUUCUACCAACCAGCACCGCAAUAUCGGUGGCAGGAAGCUCAACAGAGGGAGCGCCAGCAGGCCGAACAGGAUCAGGAGCGUCAGCGGGCAGAAGCACAGGCUCGGGUACUGUGUUGUAUAGAGGUUGAGAACUAACCAUUUAUUUUUGGAACUCGUGAUAGAGCAACUGGCACUGGGCCAGCAGGUCUAUGCAUAUUAGUCGUGAUGUUGACUAACCAAAGGUCGAAAUUUGGAAGCAGAUGGGGUUUCUUGCAGAUUGAACUUGUUUUUUUAGUGGAAUAAUCAUAGCGGAAGAAAAUGAAAAACAAUAGCUUUCCUUCACACCUUUUUUGUUCAGGCCGCUUUUGCAAGUGGACCAACCUCAGGUGGUCCGCCGAAUGCAGACGAGGCCGUCCGAAAGGCUUUGUUUGAAUCCGAGCAAUUGGAGCGGCGGAUGGAGGGUACAGACCGGUUCUCAAUCGCGAAUCAGCCACAAGACAAAGAGGACGACGAACUGCUGAUGAUGGCACAGGAUGCUUCACGCGCUACGCGUGAGCUUGAAAAGAAAGGCAUCUUUGGGCCUGUUCUAGAGUCGGGGGCGGCGAGUGGCAGAAGUGGUGUGGCAAGCUUUAGAGGAGGGUCACGAGCACGGCUCGGAGACGAAGAAGAUGACGACGAUGAUAUCCCGCGCGUACUGGACGGAAUUCACAGACGGGAACGGCCGGUAGACAGCGCUUCGUCGGUGGCUGCCUCCGAGUGCCUCGAAGUAUCAGUGAAAGGCCAGGUGAAUAGUGGCAGUAACUCAGAGGUCGCCAGCAAUGCAGACAGCAGUGCGGCGUCUGAUAGGACGGAUCCUGCCCGUUCGGGGACCAGAAAUCGCACCGCAGGACGAGUUCCCGGCCGUGGUGGAUCGUACGCAACGUCCGUGGGCCCUUCGAGAUCAAGAAGCGCGCAUAGUCAUGUCGCGUUCUCGCACGGGGAGCAAGUUCCAGCAUUGAAUGAUGAUGCUGCGUCAUCGUCCGGAGGAGCCUCGAGUGCUGACUUCGAAGCCGGCCUCUCUUCGAGUUCCGAGACCAUGACAAAUGGUUCACACUCAACCAGAAGGGGAGGCCACGCGGCGAAGAGGUUGUCCAGAGUGGCAUCGGCAGAGUUUCCUACGGUGGCUGGACUCAAGCUGGUGGACCAUCCUGACGUCGGAAAACCGCCGACACUUAAACGCAAGAAAAAAAAGAACCGCGUGGCAUUCAUGAACGGCCACGAGUUCAAUCUCCCACCCGAAGAAAUCGCGAAGAGGAGUAACCAGCGGGUGUCAUCUGCGAGCGCGAAAGGACAUGCUAACAGUCGCGGAGGGCGCAGUACAGCCGACCAAGCGUUUGCACAGGUACAUGAGGCAAACCGCGCCUCGGAGAUGCUCGAAGAGAAUAGUGCAGAUCGUAGUUUGUGUCGGGGUUCAUCUCCUCGAAGCGUGAAUAACGGAGGUGGCAGUAGCUCGUCUCUGCUUGGCCGCAUCCGGCGAUCCUUGUCAAGCUUGAUGUUUGGGACCCGCAAAAGAGAAGAUGCGGUCCAACGAUUCGGUUGAAAUGCGGCUGGUUGCGUGAUGUGCUCGGGCUCAGUUGGAUGGGAAAGCAGCUGCAACCGCCGCCGAACACGAGUUGAGCCGAGGGAUCCGCCGAUAAGUAAACGCAAGCUGGUGUGCAUGCAAAUGCAUCAGCAUACGGACACCAAAGGGAAUCAUGGGCGUUGUGCUGUGCUCGGCGAACCGACGAGUGGUCGUUAGCGAGGGCGAAGCACAUUUUUGACUGCCGAGCCAUGCCGUGCCUGCUAUCGUAGUGCGACGAGGGGACGCAAUCAGACCUCAACGCGGCAAAGCAGAGGUGACCUGUAGAUGUUGUAGAACAGCUUUCCUGGAGAAACAACGGGAUACGUAUGUACCCUUGGAAGUUUAGGCGGCUUUUCUGCAUCUUGCUCGAUCAGUGACGGCCGGAUGAUGAGGCAAAUCGACCAUUGGAGCCAUGCAGGACAAUCUGGUUGGCGAUUCGGCACAAGAGAACUUGAGUCACUGCAACAAGACAAUAAAAGAGUGCAGACAAAUCGCCAUUGAGGCUCUCUACGGAAGUUGUUGCAAAUGAAUGUAAACAUCUCGUUUGUGUGUGUGCCAAGGAGAUGAGUCGCAAUAUGCUAUAGAGUAACAUAUUAGCUUGAGAACCUUUACCGCUACCGCAUACUUCUGAAUGUCUAGCAUCAAUUCUGUUCCAGGCGCUCAAAUGACACUGGAAUGGUAGGCAUCAGAAAAGAAACUGUGGCGCCGUGAAGCCCCUUUGUAGAAGCGUGGGAAAGAGACUGAAGAAGGGACUCACAAA